AUGGCCACCGCCGCAGAGACCAUCCAGGCCUCGGGCCCCGCGGCCUCUGUCCAGGACCAGACGCUGCUUGUCUUUGCGCGGCUCAUGGAGGGCGGCCAGGAAGACGAGGAGACGUGCCGCGACCUCGACCUCCUCACCAAGAUGCUCAACGACGACGCGGGCUUCCAGGUUACGAACCCGGCGCACAAGUCCAUCUGCCGGGUCAUUGAUUCCGACUGCGUCGACACCAUCCUCUGCUACCUCGACAUGCGCCAGCCCGAGGUUGUGCGCGGCCAUGCUGUCCUUACAACCUCGGCGUACAUGCGCGCCGCCGCCGACGACGGCUCCGCCAAGCUGCGCGCCUUUUUUCUCGACCGCGUCCAGCGACGCACUUACGACGACUACAUUGUGGCGUUUUGCGUCGCCUCGGCCGCGUUUCCCAUUGUGCCGGACCUGACGACGGAAAUGUUCCUGAACGAGGGGUUCCUAAGCUCGCUCGGCCCGCUAAUGCGCAGGGAGUGGAAGAGCCGCAAGGUGGAGACGGCGUGUCUCGAGAUGGUGAAUGCGGCGUGCAUGGACAGCAGAUGUCGGGAGGCAAUUCAAAAGUACUGCGUGGAGUGGCUUGAGGAGAUCGUGGAGCAGUACACAAUGGACAUGGGACGCAGGCUGAGCGAACAUCCGAACCUGCAAGGCGAAGAGGGAUCUGUUUCCAUGAGACAACAUUCAGAGCAAGUGCAGUAUCUCGCGGCUGUCAUUUUGGCCAAACUUCGGGCUGUGCCUAGACCAUCCGCAAUGACCGACCCGAACGCGUCUCGCGUCGAGUCUGCCGUCACGUCUAUAGAAGAGCUAUCCGGGCUGUUCACCAAGAUGAUUCUGCGGGACGAGGACAACAGCGGCAAGCAACAUUCCAUCGAAGGGUUGGCAUAUGCCUCCUUACAACCAAAAAUUAAAGAAACCAUAAUCAAGGACUCGGAGCUGCUCAAGAAGCUCCUCUCCACCCUCUCCAAAGCGCCGCCCCGUUCGCCGACGACAUACGGUGCCCUGAGUAUCUUUCAAAACCUGACACGAUACCGCCCGCUCUUGACGGAAGAAGAAAAGAAAAUGUCGCAACUGAAGGCUUAUGCAAAUGCGGAGGGUAAGAUUCCAGGCAUGGAUAUGCUUGAUGAUGAUGAGCAUGUCGAUGCGCGAUGCAAGGCUGUCUUUGAGGCGGGAAUUACACCCGUGCUCGUUGCCCACGGCAAACACGACUCCGCAGCCGCUCUCGGAAUCAUUGUCAGCAUCAUUCUCUCCCUCACCACAAUUAAGAGCAUUCGUGGGAAACUGGCUCAGCAAGGCGCGGUGAAGCUUCUUCUCGUUGCUUGGAGCGCCCUCAACGAGAACCAGCGUGACGCCCGACGCAACGCCGCGCAAGCCCUCGCCCGCAUCCUCAUCAGCAUCAACCCCGCGCUUGUCUUUGGCGGAACGCGGGCGAACCCCAUCGACGCAGCCAUUGCACCUCUCGUCUCCAUCCUGCCGCCCGACCCAGCCUCGGACCGCCGCGACCUGCUCCCCACCUUUGAGUCGCUCAUGGCACUUACAAAUCUGGCCUCCAUGGAAGGUCCCGGCAUCGCGCAGCAAAUCAUCCGCCACGCCUGGCCGCACAUCGAGGAGCAGCUGCUAUCAUCAAACCAUCUCGUGUCUAAGGCUGCCGUCGAGCUCGUGUGCAACCUUAUGCAGUCGCCCGACGGUCUUGCGCUGUACGCCGAUGGCAGCGCGCAAGCCAAUCAGCGCCUGCACAUCCUUCUCGCGCUCGCCGACGCUGAGGACGUGGGGACACGCAGCGCCGCCGGCGGCGCUCUUGCGGCGCUCACGCAAUACGAGAAUGUGGUGCGCAGCAUCGUGCACCGGAAGCGCGGCGUCGAGGUCCUUCUUGCGAUGUGCGUGGAUGACAAUGAGGACUUGUGCCACCGUGGCGCCGUCAGCAUCUCCAAUAUGGUGUCUGCGGAUGGUGACGUCGGCAGCGAUGCGCGCGACAAGAUUCGCGAGGAGGACGGCGUGGAGAUCCUCAAAGCCUGCGCGAGCAAGACCAGACGGCCGGAGGUGGUCCAGGUGGCUGCGGAGGCGCUGCUGCGACUCGUUGAAAGAGAGAUUACGGAAGUUGAUUGA